UUCCGGUGUCAAUUUAGUGGCGGGAAAAGCAGCGCCUUCUAGGGCAGAGUGUUCCGGUCCUGAGUGGUAGCUCUUCGCUCCGCGGAUGGAGACGCAGUCCGAGGAGCAAGCCGCUGCCGAGGCCGCGGACUCCAGAGGGGAAGGCGAGCCGCCGCAGGUCGCCGGCCCCCAGGCGGCGCGUCCCGAGGACCGCAUGGCGCUGCUGCUCAGGGUAAGAGCACAGACCAAACAACAACUCUUGGAAUAUAAAUCAAUGGUUGACGCAAAUGAAGAAAAAACUCCAGAACAAAUCAUGCAGGAAAAGCAAAUUGAAGCUAAAAUUGAAGAACUGGAAAAAGAAAUUGAAGAGGCAAAAAUUGCUUUUGAAAUGAAAAAGCUUGCGUUAGACAGGAUGCAGCUUUCAAGUGCACUUAAAAAACACAUGGAGAAAAUUAACACCAAGACUAGUGUGCUCAUGGAUAACAUGAAACAAAUACUAAGUCUAAAUAAAUCAGUAAUGAAAUCACAGCAGGAAACCCGGGACUUGGAAGACAAAUUGCUUGAUGUUAGAAAGAAGAGAUUGCAGUUAAAACAAGCUUCAGAAAGGAAGCUUUUAGAAAUACAGACUGAAAAGAACAAACAGAAAGAUGAUUUGGGUAGUAUGGAAAAUUCGGGGAAGAUAAAGACCAUACAACAAAACCUGGAGAUGGAGAUACAGAUUACUACAGUUAUUCAACAUGUGUUCCAGAACCUCAUUUUGGGGAGUAAAGCCAACUGGGCAGAGGAUUCUGCCCUGAAGGAAACUGUUCUGCAGCUUGAGAAGAAUCUCACCAUGAUCCAAUAAGAAUUCUGUUUUGACGUAUUUUUGUUUCUGUCUUUAAUGUCAUUUAAAUUGCAAAUUUUAAGUGAAAUGCUUUUCAGUGUUUUUGGAGCUGUUCUAAUACUGCAAUUUUUUUUUUAGCUUAACAGUGGUACAUGGAAUUUACUGCUUUAAAUAUGAUAAAGUGACUGGCAUAAUCUAAAAGAAUCUGAAAAUGUUAGACUUGGAAGUGUCCCAAAAGAUAUCUAGUCCAGCUUUCCACUGAAUGUGGACUGUUUUUUACAACAUUCCUGUAAGUCCCAACUCUCAUUUGGAAUACUACUCUAUUUAUUUGUCAAACAAAAUAUUGGAAAUUUAGAAAAGCAUAUCCACAUCUUUAUUUUUUUCAACUGUCAAUUGUAUUUUAUUCAAAUAAAUCUCAUUUUAGUUCUGUCUCA